UUGGAAAUUCCCGAGACGCUCAUCGACCCUAUAUAAGCAGCGCCCAGGCUCGUCGUCGGUAUCAAGCAUCGCUCGCUACCAUAAAGAUGGCAUUCACUCUUGGCUCAUUGGUCCUCCUUUGCGGGAUCAGCGGACUGCUGACUGGAGUCCGGUCCGCCACAAUUGUUCCUGUGAAAGGCAAUAACUGUCCAAAAGGCUGGACUCAGUUGGACUGUUUCUGUUACAUCUAUGAAUCUGAGAGCAGAACUUUUGCUGAUGCCGAGAGCGUCUGCAACAUUCUUGGUGGGAAUCUGGUCUCCAUUCAGAAUGAGCUGGAAAAUGCGGUGGUUCUUGAACUGAUUCGGGCGGCUAGUGAUACCAACCAAGCCUGGAUUGGUCUCAAUGAUGGAGUUGAGAAUGGUGAUUUCAUGUGGACUGAUGGCUCAAAUGUGGACUUCAUCAAUUUUGAUGGAGGAGCGGCCGCUGACGGCGGUGACUGUGUGGAGAUGGAAACAGAUGAUGGAGAGUGGGACGAUGUGCCUUGCGCAACAGACAGCCCGUACGUUUGCAUCAAGGAGGUGCAUCACUAAAUGUCUUGGCCUCCAAUAUUGCACUAUGCAUGAGUUCAAUGACUCAGCUUUAGUGUCGCCUUGACAUUUUUGGGGUUACUUUCAACUUUUCUUCUCAUCUUUGGCGUUGUGGGGACAACUAUUCAAUGAAUAAAAAACUAUCAGCAUCCAAA